AUGUCUGGACUCGAGGCCUUAUCGAUGGCCUGCAGCGUUAUGCAGGUCAUCUCCUUUACUAAAGAAGUCCUAACCCUCUGCAAGGAUGUCUACGACGGUCGCCCGACGACUGACAGUCAGAUGGAAGAAAACACUGCAUCCAUUCAGAGUUUAUUAAUUGAGAUGAAUCGUCAUUCUGGCUCUAUUAAACAGCAGACGAAGGAGGAAAAAGAACUCCACGCAAUCGCUCAGAAAUGCAACAAAGCCGCACAAGAGCUACAAAAAGAGAUACAAGAAAUCACUCAGCACCACGAGCCUGGUGAUUGGGUGAAGGCGAUGAUUGCCGUAUACACAGCCAAAAGUCGCAAAAGAAAAGUCGCAGAACUCUAUGACCGAUUUUGCAAAUACCAGAAGACUUUAGAGGCGCAUAUUCUGUUCCGUUUAUGCUCGAAGGCCGAUGCUGUAGAGAUUCAGCAGCGUGAGGGCUUUGCCAAUCUUUCGGAUACCAUGAAACAUUUUAUUUCCCAACUUGCAGCGGGUCACACAGAAAUAGCCAAUCUUAUUGCUCGUGACGGCAAUCAGACAAGGCAACAGAUCCGAAAAUCCGAAGCUCGUGUGAAACAAUCCAUUAUUGAUAUCCACUCUGCGGUAGAAUAUGAAGCAAUGAAAUCUUCCCUCCUUCGCAGCUUGAAAUACGAAUCUAUGAAUUCCCGGCGCACUGAGCUCAAACCUGCCCACGAAGCAACUUACGUUUCGAUAUUUGAGUCACUUGAUCAAGACGAAAACUCCACUUCAAGCUCAGCAGCCGCUUGGAGGAAUUUUGUUCAAUGGCUUCAAUCCGAUAAACGAGUAUUCUGGAUUCAAGGAAAGCCUGGCUCAGGAAAGAGCACGCUUAUGAAGUUUCUCCUUCAGCAUAAGAACACGCAGAGAGGGGUUGACAAAUGGAAUACCAAUACGCUAAUUAUAUCACACUUUUUCUGGAAGCCCGGAAAUAUCCUGCAGAAGAAUCUCAAGGGACUGUUAUGUUCUUUAACUCACCAGCUAUUAUCCAGCGAACAUAAUCUUGUUGACCAUGUGUUGUCACAAUUUCUCUUUGCUGAACACAAAGAAACAAUAGGAGACUGGGAAAUUUUAGAGCUAAAAACCAUCUUUCAUUCCAUGUUGAUCCAGUGCAAAAGAUCGAUAUUUUUUCUAAUUGAUGGACUUGACGAAGCGACUGAGACUGAGACUGAGGAAAUUUUCCAAUUUUUAGAUUCUCUGAUUGACCUACCUAAUGCCAAGCUCUGCAUUUCUAGUCGGGGUGAGGACAUCUUUCUGCGAAAAUUCUCCGUGUAUGACGGAUUCAAACUCCACGAGUUGACCAGGGAUGACAUGCUACAGCUUGCAUCGAUAGGCAUUCCUAUACCUGAUGAGAGAUACCAAUCAGGUUUCCUAAAGGACUUAAGAAAUAUGCUUGUUGAAAAAGCCGAGGGAAUAUAUCUCUGGCUCGUCAUAGCACUUGAAAGUGUGAAGAGAGGCCUUCGAAACAAUGAUGCGCAACAUGAAAUACGCUUACGAUUAUCAAAAUUGCCAUCCAAACUUGAAGAGCUCUUUGCGGACAUGUGGAGUAGACUUGGAGAAGACAAAGACAUAUACCAAAAGGAAGCGGCACGAUAUUUCAGUUUGCUUAUUUUGAAUCAGUCAUUUUUGGACAAGUAUAGCCAAUGCUAUGACAGCGACAUCGACUGGCGCCUGAGUUCCUUUCAACUUACGCUCGCCACAAAUGACAAGAUGAAGGCAAACAUCUUGAACAAAUCAUACCAGUUGCCAGUUUCAGAGUUAAACAAGAACUGUGCGAAUACAACAAAGGGCAUCUCUAUCAAAACUGCAGGGCUCCUCGUCACUAAAAACACUAAUCAAUUGGGGUUUGACCCGGUAUUGGAAUAUAAUAUGAAGAUGAAAAGCAUAUUAGAACCCGAACAAUUGAUUCAAUACCUGGAAAAUAAAAUAGACUUUAUACACAGAACUCUAUUCGACUUUUUGAAGGACACCGAAGUCGGAAAAAGCAUAUUAGCACAAAGCCAGACACAUCGCCUUGAUGUAGACCUGGCAAGUAUUAUUCUCUGCCAACUUCGUUCGCUUCAAUAUCACCAAGAACUACAAUCCGCCAGAAGAAUACUAAGCCAAGGAUUCAACGGACCGUUACAUUACUUUUGCUGGUGUUUAGGCGAAAUAUUUGGACAAAAUUCCGCGUCGGAAACCAAUACGAAUAUUGCUUUGCUGCAUAUGUUUGAGGGUCUCUUCGAGGCUGGUCUUUUGCCAUGGGAUAUCCGACCAAAAUGGUAUCCUCUCCCAUGCCUUGAAGCUCUACUCCUUGGAAAUUCUGCCUUCAAUGAGUUCAUACAAUCGCGUGUAGAUGAUAAAGGCACGUCAUAUGCCACCCGUUUCCUAAGGGACUUUAUGUUUGGAAAAGCUCUCAGAUAUGGCCGGGAGUGGAGUCUUUCGGAUAGGGAAGAGCGGCUACACGGAACAUUCUUAUCCAACAAGGCCACCUGA